UUUUUUUUUUAAUUAUUCCAAUACAAUGGCAAUCGAGAAAGAAGGGGUGAAAUAUGCUUGUAUAUCGUGCAUUCGUGGUCAUCGUGUGAAAAAGUGUCAACAUUUGGAUAGAAAACUAAUACCUGUUUUAAAACGUGGUCGACAAGUCUCUCAAUGUACUCAUUGCCGUGAUCUACGAUCUUCAGGUUCUCAUGUGAAAUGCACUUGUGCUAUUGCAACAGGUAAUAAAGAAGGAGAAAAAAAGAUAUUCUUCCAUCUAUAGUAUUGACUCAAAUAUUGUUUGAUUUUUUUUUUGUUUUGUUUGUUUUUGUGAAUAAUAGUACCCAAUCCUCUUAACGGUUGUCUUUGUGAAGUGAUACAAACAUGUACCUGUGUAGCUCGUCACUUACAAAAUACAUUUGCUAUAGAAGACGGAAAAGAUUUGUUAUCAUCAACAUUGAAUGACAAUAACACUUCAAUAUGUCAUACUACAUCAUCGUCAUCAUCAUCAU